AUGGAGGUUCUAAGUGCACCCCACGAACAGCAGCUCGGGCACAGUGAUGCGCAAGACAGAGCUCGAGCCUACAAGAGCCGUAACAAACGACCCUGUGACUUUUGCCGUUACAAGAAGGCAGCAUGUCAUCUCGAAUCUAAACCACCUUGUGAACUCUGUGUCCGUUAUGGCAAAGACUGUACUUUUGUAGAGUCUCCAGCAAAGAGACGUCGUCCCAACGAAGAUCGUCCUCGAGAACCGUUACUGCCUCCUGGCAGCACUUUGGACCUUGGGAGUGACUUGUUGAGCUGGGAGCCUCCACCAUCUUUCAUGGAAGCGAGUUUGCCCGGUGGCUUAUAUGGCGAAUACAAAUUCGACACGCCCAUGUUUGAACCUCUCAUGUUUGAACAAUUCGACCCGGUACAAGCAGGCCUAGCACCGGCUUCCAACCACACCCCUGAGUCCAUCCCAAUGGAUUACUUUGACAAUGCACAGGAGCCCUCGCUGGACGCGCAAGGAUCUAGCAAUGCACAGGUCGUUGGAUUGAGUGGCGAGUCGGACCCUUAUCUACUUCGUCAAUAUCAUUAUGAUGGCAACAAUGAAUGUAUCUUCCAGCAGCUCCGUCUGAGAAGAGUUGGAGAAAAUGACAAGAUUCCUGUACACUUCCUCAUCCAGCAAAACAAGUUGGCUGCCAAAGCUCAACCCGCCGAGGACCCAAGCACGUUAGACACAUUCAGGAGGGAAAUCAAGGAAAUGAUCAGUGACGAUGUUGGAAAGAGACUCAUCAGACUAUUCUUCCGCUUUGUCCAGCCAUACUUUCCGAUACUCUCUAGAGAGCGCAGCAUGAGUGGCGGAAUUUACGACCCUGAAGCCUUCCCGACUUCGCUGCUUGCUGCAGUCUAUGGCCAUGCACUGCCCUUCUGUAUAUUCGACGAUCAGUUAUGCGUUGAAGUCUACACUCCGCCAUCCACCGAUUCGCUAUUUCGCAUCGCCUGGUCUGCCACUCAUCCAAACUAUCACACACCAUCACUGUCGGUUGUCCAAACACUACUACUGCUGGUGCAGAGGAGACCGACCAACAAGCAUGUUGCUGACACGCCAGUGAAAUGGACAAUGGUAACGGAUGCUGUUUCUAUCGCACAAUCUCUAGGCCUGAAUCUUGAUCCGACCGACUGGCCUCUACCUCUCUGGGAGCAGAGACUGAGAAGACGGCUGGCUUGGGCCGUGUUCACGCAGGAAAAGUGGAUUGCGUUGAACACUGGUCGCAGCUCUCACAUUAUAUCGGACGACUGGGAUGUAAGCCCUUUAACACAGGACGACUUCGAAUUGGCCGAAGGAAGUGACGAUAGGGGAUACUCGGAGCAUUUUAUACAGCUUUCUAUGCUGACAGAAACUGUUGACGCUAUUCUGCGCAAUCUUUUUUCGAUAAAGGCGACAAGGAAACUGUGCAGCUCGCUUGACACUACCCUGGAAGUCGCCAAGCCACUACGUGUAAGACUCAGCCAGUGGUACCAAGAUCUUCCUCCAGACCUUUUGCCGACUGCUAGAGUCGGUAAAGGUCAUGACCUCAAUGGACAGGGAGGACUGCAUCUUGCCUAUAUCACAGCAAAGAUCCAGCUCUUCCGAGCUAUGUUCCGCCCAAUGAGCGAACCGGGCACACAAGCAACAAACGCCUUACGCACGGGUGCGAUAGCAGUAGGCAGAGAGUUGUUCGAGUUCCUGGAGAGUUUAGACGCCAACCACAUGGAAGCAUUUUGGCCGUCCUACUCCCGAACGAACUUCGUAAUCGCAAGUAACUUCAUGAUUCUGCUGUUUGUCACUUCGCCAAGCGCGGCCGACGCCAAAGAGUGCUUGAGUCUAUUGAACUCAUGGCGAAGUCUGCUCCGAAUCAAGUCUCGCAGCUGUGAUCUGCUUAAUCUGGCUCUACUACGUCUGGAUGCUCUUUACGUGGCAGGACUCGACAAGCUGAUCAACCUCACGCAAUUCGCUCUACAAGUCUUCCAGGAACAGGCAAACUAG